UUGGAGCAGCCCCAUGUAUGUCAGCGGCCCCGUAUAUAGGGGCAGGAGGUUAUACAGAGACCUACAGACGUGUCCUCAGGUGUCCAGACAGGAUGAGUGGUGGAGUGUACGGCGGAGAUGAGGUCGGGGCUCUGGUGUUUGAUAUCGGGUCUUACUCGGUCCGAGCCGGUUAUGCUGGUGAAGAUUGCCCCAAGGCCGACUUCCCGACCACCCUGGGGGUCUUCUCUCCGGAUGAGUCUCUGUCCUCGGAGAUGGAGAAGGAUCGGAAGCUGAGCCGGGUGUAUUACAUCGACACCACCUGUCUCCAUGUGCCGCGGCCACUUACCGAGGUCACGUCUCCACUGAAGAACGGCAUGAUCGAGGAUUGGGACGCCUUCCAGGCCAUACUCGACCACACCUUCAACAAGCACCUGAAGUCGGACCCCGCCUUACACCCCAUCCUCAUGUCUGAAGCCCCCUGGAAUGCCCGAGCCAAGCGGGAGAAGCUGACGGAGCUGAUGUUUGAACAUUAUAACAUCCCGGCUUUCUUCUUGUGUAAGACGGCCGUACUGACUGCCUUUGCCAAUGGUAGAUCUACAGGCUUAGUGUUAGACAGCGGAGCCACCCACACCACUGCCCUCCCAGUGCAUGAUGGGUAUGUUCUUCAGCAAGGUAUUGUGAAGUCGCCCCUGGCCGGGGAUUUCAUCACUAUGCAGUGCAGGGAGUUAUUUCAAGAGAUGGGGGUUGAAAUUAUCCCCCCCUACAUGAUCGCUUCAAAGGAACCUGUGCGGGAAGGAUCACCCCCAAACUGGAGGAAGAAGGAGAAGCUGCCGACUGUCACCAAAUCCUGGCAGAACUACAUGAGUAAUGAGGUGAUCCAGGAUUUCCAGGCCUCUGUCCUACAAGUAUCUGACUCUCCGUAUGAUGAACAGGUGGCGGCUCAGAUGCCAACUGUCCAUUAUGAGAUGCCAAACGGGUACAACACAGAUUAUGGAGCAGAGAGACUGCGGAUACCAGAGGGGCUCUUCGACCCAUCCAAUGUAAAGGGCCUCUCUGGAAAUACGAUGCUGGGGGUUGGACACGUGGUCACCAGUAGUAUUGGAAUGUGCGAUAUAGACAUCCGGCCUGGUCUGUACGGCAGCGUCAUUGUCACUGGGGGGAACACUCUGCUCCAGGGCUUCAAUGACCGGCUGAAUCGGGAGCUGUCCCAGAAGACCCCUCCGAGUAUGCGCCUGAAGCUCAUCGCCAGUAACAGUUCCAUCGAACGUCGCUUCAGCUCCUGGAUUGGGGGGUCCAUACUGGCCUCCCUGGGAACAUUCCAGCAGAUGUGGAUAUCUAAGCAGGAAUAUGAGGAAGGAGGGAAGCAAUGUGUGGAGCGGAAGUGUCCCUGAUCCCUCAGAUCCUCAAAAGAUUCAUCCAGUGACCCAUCCAGAAGAUUCAUCCAAAAGAUUCAUCCAGUGACCCGUCCAGAAGAUUCAUCCAAAAGAUUCAUCCAGUGACCCGUCCAGAAGAUUCAUCCAAAAGAUUCAUCCAGUGACCCGUCCAGAAGAUUCAUCCAAAAGAUUCAUCCAGUGACCCGUCCAGAAGAUUCAUCCAAAAGAUUCAUCCAGUGACCCGUCCAGAAGAUUCAUCCAAAAGAUUCAUCCAGAAGACCCGUCCAGAAGAUCCAUCCAGAAGAUCCAUCCAGAAGACGACACAAUGCUCCAUGUUCUACCACAACACCAUUGCUUCCCCGGGAAAUAACAAGUGUUCUGUGUUCCUGGGAUAGUUGGGUAUCGAUCUUUCAGGGGUGGUCACCCAGCUUUCGUGGCAACACUUAGAAAUAAUAAUAAUCAUCAGUGAUCAGAAGAGGAUGACUCAAGGACUGACCAUUGUCUUAAAGGGAAACGCUCCCUACAUUAUCACAUUCAUCAUCUAUACAAUACAACCUGAAGAUGUAAUAAAACAACAACCUCAAAUCCUA